CCCCCCUCCCCGGCCGCCCCGCCAUGGCGCUGGACGGGCUCCUGGCGGCGCAGGGCGCCUGCUCGCUCCUGGCGCUGCUGCUGGGCCUGGCCGCCGCGCUGCCGCUGGCCCAGCACGGCCACGACUUCCGCGGCCGCUGCCUGCUCUUCUCCGAGGGGCUGUGGCUGGGCGCCAACCUGACGGCGCGGGGCCGCGCGUGCUUCUCCGUGCAGGAGUGGGGGCCGCCUGCCGCCUGCCGCUUCGGCCUGCUGGCCGCGCUGCUGGCCGCCGCGCUGGCCGCCGCGCUCGCCUGGCGCGCGCUGCUCUUCCUCUGCCGGGGACUCCGGGGGUCCUUCUUCUACGCCUUCCUGAGCCUCCUGGUCAGCGCCCUGGUGGUGGUCCUGGUCUUCAUCGCCAGCACCAUCGUGAGUGUGGGCUUCACCAUGUGGUGUGACACCAUCACUGAAAAGGGCACCGUGCCCCACAGCUGUAAGGAGCUCCAGGACCUGGACUUGGAGCUGAGCGUGGACAACUCCGCCUUCUACCAUCAGUUUGCCAUUGCCCAGUUCAGUCUCUGGGCCUCCUGGCUGGCCUGGCUGGCCAUCACGACCCUGGCCUUCCUGAAGGUCUACCAUAACUACCGCCAAGAGGACCUGCUGGACAGCCUGGUGCACGAGAAGGAGCUGCUGCUGGCCAGGCCCUGCACCUCCUUCCAGGAGGAGAAGAGCGCCGUUAUUUAG